AUGUCCACGGGGGAAGUGAUACAGAAACGGUACGAUGCUCACAAGACUUUGGGGUCUUUCAACAGCAAUGAAAUGAAAAAACCGGACAAGCCACCGUCCACCACCAAGGAAACCAUGGAAAACAACGCCAAGUCCAAAGAAAAGGAGAGCAAGAGCAGUAAGCGCGAGCGACCUCUCUCCAGGAGCGAAACGACUGGGUCCGCCAAGAGCAAAUCGGCGCCAUCUCCAGUGCCCCGACGAAACAAAACCGCCAGCAAAAUUCCGUCGCGGUCCAAUAAUAAGGAGGGUAAAGACAAGGAUGACACUAAAGAAAGUAGCAAAGACAAAGACAAAAAGGGAGUUUCCAGAUCCAAAUCCUCCUCCAGCAGUAAAAAGGAAAAGUCAACACGAGGCGAACGAUCCAUCUCCAGAAGUGGCAGCAUUCGACGAAUGGGAAGCCAGGAUGAAAAUACCAAAAGGGACGUGAGUCCUCUGCGCAAUCUCAUGGAAGGAGGAAUGAACAAUAGUGACAAUGGAAAGAGUGAAGACAGACGAAACAACAUGAAAAAACAAGGCUCCACCAAGAGCAUGGAUGAAAUGAUCAAUCUGGCAUGGAUCAAACCAGGCAAGGAGAAAGAAAAGGGGAAAAGUAGUAGCAAAAAAGACAAGAAAGAAAAGGAGGAAAAGACUAGCAAAAAGGAUAAAGACAGCAAAAAAGACAAGAAGGAAAAGGAGGAAAAGCCUAGUAAAAAGGACAAGGACAGCAAAAAAGACAAAGACAAGGACAAGAAAAGUGAUGAAAAAUCCAAGGAUAAGAAAAAAUCCAACCUGGAUGACAAACUCUCUACCAAGAAAAAGAGCCGCAAAAAAGAUGGCGAAGACACCUCGGUUACAUCCUCUGUGGUAAAACCCAAAACUUCCAAAGUAUCCUCUUCUGAGUGGGAUGAAAUUUCUCAAACCGACAAGGAGUUUGUUACCAAAGUGCCCACGCGCAAAAUGUCAUGGUUUGGUUUUUCCGGCUCCAAUGCCAAAGAGGAUUCAUCUGUUGGUGGAUCCUUUUCUGGAUUGGACCAGUCCUUUAGCAGUAUCGAAGAUGACGAUGAUAUGGACGGCAGUCUUAGCGUGAAUGACUUGAUGAACACACAAGAUAGCAAAAGUGACAGUAUUAGUUCUGGCGAUGAAGACAGCAGCGAGGAAGACUCAUCCUCUGAUGCCAGCAGUGGUGAGGGAGCUGACAAGGAUGCCAAAGCGGCGAAAAAACGUGCCUCGGAGCUUAAAAAGUUGCAACGAAAGAAGAAACGAGAAGAAAAGCAAAAGAAAGGAUCAUUGACGCGACAGCGUAGCGGUGGUGAACGCCGUCACAGUGGUGUAAGUCGCGAUGGUGGCAAUCCAAGACGGCGUGGCGGUCCUGGUGGCCCUGGCGGUGCUGCGGGUCAUCGCUCAUUCUGUAGGGAUGAUCGCAGUCGUCGUGCCCGUGGUCCAGCAGCAAUGCAUCACAGUGUUGGUCCCGGACGAAACCCCAAUCCGAGGCCGGGCCAGGAUCCUUUCGGUUUUGACCAACGCGGCAAUCAAUGGCCUGCAGAAGGCGAUUUUGAGGAUUUCGGGGACUUUAACAGCAGCCAGCACAGUUUCCGGGGGGACAGUGGCCACAGCCGACACAAUCGCUCUGCCAUAAAUCGAUCCAAAUCAUUCGACAACAACCGCUAUGACGAUCGAGAAGGAAGCCGUAGAGGUCCUAGACGGCUUCCUCCGGGGAGGACUCGCUCAGGUGACGACUUCAGCCACGCCCGGCCUCCUAGUAAUAAUAAUUGGGAUGGCGGAAGUAGGCGGGGACGACGCACCGCAGGCGGUGAUCCCUUUGAUGAUGGAGGCAGUCGUCGAGGGCGUCGCACGGUGGGUGGAGAUGCUUACUCCGAUUUGGAUAAUAGCCGCAGAGGUCGUCGCACUGCUGGAGACAUGGAUGGCAGUCGCAGUCAACGUGGACGUCGAACGGCGGGCGGAGAUCACUUCGAUGACCAUUUGAACGGCAGCCGCCACGGGCGUGAUGUGGAUGGAGGAAGUCGUCGUGGGCGACGAACAGCCGGUGGCGAUCCGUUCAAUGACUUCAAUGGCAGCGUAAGCGGGAGUCGUCAUGGUCGCCGCACUGUUGGCGCUGGUUCAGGUGGUGGCGAUCCUUUUGAUGAUUGGAACACCCCGUUUGGAAGUGGCGACCCCUUUGACGACCUUAACGGCAGCCGGUCCACUUUCGAUGGGAACGCUAGCGCACGAGCUGGAGGUCGAAGUCGUGGUCGUGGACACCAUCUACAAAACGAUGCCUUGAUGGCAUCUCUGAACGAGAGUCAGGACCAGUUAUCGUUUGUCCAAGCAGGAAAGUGGAUGUCGGAGAAAGAACGAGAAGCAAACGCACCACCAAAAAUCCAAGCAUGGGAAAAACGGAGGAGGGAGAAAAGAUAA